CAUUGCACCUUGAAUUCUUGAAAUAACCUCCACCGCAAUUAUCUACAGUGAAUAACAACUUCCUGGUACCCACCACACCAUAGUUAGUACCCCGUCUUACUUUUUGAGUAAACAAAGAAAAGAAACAAGAACAUCAGCACCCAACUACUCUUUCAUAAUAUCAUUCUAAUUUCUACAGUCUUGGUGAUAUAUUUUAGACAAAUGGGUUUUUUCUGGUUCUCAAAUUGACUUCUGAAUUUCUUUCUUGUUGAAACAACCACUUUAUUUAUGUUCAAUCGGUUGUUAAGCUCUCGUUUUCCUUCCUCAAUCGGUAGUUUAGGGCUGUUGUUGACUCCACUCGAAGCAACGAUAUCUUUCACUCUUCCUUCAGAGCUAUAUCUAUGUUUCGGUUGUGAGAAUUUCUUCUUCCACUUCGCCCGAUUGUAAUUUAGCUGAGUCGUGAUUGGGUAAUUUUGUGAUCAGAGAAGACUUGGGGUUUAUGGGGUUGAAGGUGAAAGAAUUUAGGGUUUUCUUCGGGUUGUUGUGGUUUGUCCUGUCAAUUUUUCAGCCGGUUGCAGGAUUAAGACCUCUCAGGGAGAGAGCUCGUUCAUGGGGUGAUGAGUGGCUUGUUGCAAGGAAAGAUGAGAAUGAAGUGGGCCCAUUCUCUGCAUGGAAUAUAACUGGGACAUACAGAGGAGCUUGGAAAUUCAUCCAGUCUUCAAAUACCUCUUCCAGGUUUCCAGAUUUUAAGAAAUCAAGUGGAAAUUCUGUAUUGGAGUUGAUGACUAGGCCAACUAAAAUAAAUGGUGUACAUUAUGUUCAGGGUGUAAUGAUUUUCCAUGAUGUGUUUGAUAAUGAGCCAGAAGUUGGUCGUGUCCAAAUUAGGGUAGAAGGGGUUUACAUAUGGCCAUUCAGACAACUUCGAAUGGUAGCUAACAGUGGAAGAGAGGGAGAGUUUGGUCAAGAAGAGGAUUAUAUAUUAUCCAACCCCUACCACUUGCUUGGAGUUUUCUCAUCACAAGUAUUUCAGGAGUCCCCACGAGAUAAGAUCUGGAAGAGCAAACAAUCCCCAAUUACUGACAUGGACAAGCAUUGUAAUGUUGAAAUCUCUGCUCAAAUUUCUCGUGUCUCAUCCACCCAAAGUGAUGGAGAGCAUGAUCGUUAUUACUUGGAAGGGUUAAUGGAGAGCCCUUCUGCUGAUGAUGAUGGAGAUUGCUUCUCACCCAUGUUAAUGAAUGCUACUUCAGUCAACAUUGAGGUUUACUAUAACAAAGCAGUGAAUUACACUUUAAUGGUGACCUUUAUUUCUUUUCUUCAGGUUCUUCUAUUAAUUCGGCAAAUGGAGCAUAGUAAUACACAGUCUGGUGCUGCAAAAGUAUCGAUUUUGAUGAUUGGACAGCAGGCUAUCAUGGAUGCUUAUCUUUGUCUUUUACAUUUGACUGCAGGGAUAUUAGUUGAGUCGCUAUUUAAUGCUUUUGCUACAGCUGCAUUUUUUAAGUUUGUGGUGUUCUCCAUCUUUGAGAUGAGGUAUCUUCUUGCCAUAUGGAAGGCAGGUAGAUCUGCAAAUAAUGGAGAGGGUUGGGAAGCUAUGAGGCGUGAACUUUCAGUUCUUUACAGUCGAUUCUAUGGAAUCCUUUUAGGUGGAAUUUUGAUAAUGUAUGAGUUCCAUAGAUAUCUAAGGCCGAUACUUCUUGUUUUACAUUCGUUUUGGAUUCCACAAAUUGUCACUAACAUUGUGAGUGAUUCAAGAAAACCGUUGCAUCCUCAUUAUAUAAUUGGAAUGUCUUUGACUCGGCUUGCAAUUCCACUCUAUGUGUUUGGGUGUCCUCAUAACUUCAUGCGAAUUGAACCCGAUAAAAACUGGUGUAUCACUUUGGGUCUUCUUGUCAGUUUCCAGGCUGCAGUUCUCAUUCUACAACACUAUCUUGGAUCCAGAUGCUUUAUUCCUCGCCAGAUUUUGCCCGAGAAAUAUUGUUAUUUUAGAAAAGUUGAUCAGGAUUCGACUCAUGCUACCGAUUGUGUCAUUUGCAUGACUGCUAUUGAUCUGACUCAGAAUUCAAAUGAUUGCAUGGUUACUCCAUGUGAUCAUUUUUUCCACUCGGGAUGUUUACAAAGAUGGAUGGAUAUAAAAAUGGAGUGCCCAACAUGUCGACGUUCACUUCCACCUGCUUAAAAUUUUAUAAUAUGGACAUAUCAUUACCACUCUGCUCAUGGUUGAUCAUGGAUGUUGAAUUGCAGUCGAGAGGAUAUUAGCCAAAAGUGGACUUUUGUAGAAUGUAAAAAAAAAGGGUGAGGGGCAGGCUGCAUAAAAACUGUAUAUUGUACAUUAUGUAACUCAUUUCAAAGCUUCCCGAAUUUAUUCCUCACAAAUAUUGACCUGAGAAACCACAUUCCAAGCUACUAAUUUGUACGAAUGUUUAUUAAGAUCAGAUGUAUAUACAAAUGUACACAUUGGAAAUAACUUUAGUGUCUUGAUUUUGUA